CCUCCCUGGGACCCUAGGAAAUGAUCAGAGCUUCACGAAUUAUUCUUUCCAGGAAUAUUCCAUAGUUUAAACGCAGCCUUUAAUGAUUUUACUACGCUCAAUUAUCCUCCAAUUAUCCUCCAAUUACCUUUGACACUUCCUCUAUUGGUUAGUGCCGCACCCUACGAACCGUAGAGCAGCUUAGACGCGACCAAUUGCCCCACGCAUCUUUGUCAACACAAACACCACUUAGGACACAGCACGUCAUCAAAUCGCGACCCUCCCUCUACAAUACUACUUCAAUCCAUACUACAACACUCGAAUAUUGCCGUUGACGGAGCUGCUAUUUUCAAUCGCCUCAAACUAUUCACUAUUUAUUGUCUAUCGUACUUACAUACCUUCCUCGAUGAAUGCUCCUCGUCAUCGUUCUUGAUCCUCGUCAUAUCUAAUCUUCACACCUGCCCGCCAUGGCUCAUGCCUGGCUAGACUCACUCUCCGAGGACUGGGUCUCUCAACCUAGAUCCGAAACUUCCCAGGUUCAGUUGCCUGGUACACCAAGCACUCCAAACACACGAGCAAGUACGAAUCGCAAAAGUCCGCGCGAACCUCUUAGUCGCAUACCAAGAUAUAAUCCUGGUAAUUCCUCAGCGAAGAAGUCCCAGCAGUCCCAGCAACCUGCGCAUAGCAGUAGCGCUAUUAAUAUCUUAAGCGAACGAAGCACAAACGAUAUUAACAUCCGAGGAUCACAACGCGGUUCCUCUAAAUCCUCGCAAGAGCCUAAAAUCUCUCCGAGAGGACGACGUUAUUUUAGUCGAUCGGUAUCCGCCUCUACUUCCGCAUCUGUCGUCCACAAUACCAUUCAACAUAACAAAUCCCAGAGCAUCUCCCCUUCUAAAGGUAAAGAGAGUAUACCCGAAUGGAAGAAACGAUUGGUUUAUGGGCAGUUGAACUACGGAGAAUCCAAAGAUUUGUUUAGCUCAGCAGGAACAGGUCUAGAAGACAUCUUUCGACCACCAGUCGCGCCAGAAGCUACUGGAGAUGAGACCAUGGCAAAUGAAGAAGGCGUUAACGAUAUGACACUACCAUCGAGUCCUCCACCUUAUUCUAGAUCCAAACAACUGCAACAACAGGAAUGCGAUGAUGAAACCUUCGAGGAAUCCACCAACGACUCUCAGAUUCGGCAUUCUCCUCCGCCUCCUAAGAAGAUCGUGUUCCGAAGGACGGAUGAGGAUAACCAAGAUUCAAGUAGAUAUGGCCAAUCUACGUUGGAUGAGAGCUAUGAUGGGCAAGAUGAAGGCACGAAUGAACCCGAAGAAGAGUCAAUCAUCCGCACCAAUGCUAUCGACGGCUUCGAUGAAUCACGUAAAGUUAGUGGGCAAAGCGUGAUCAAGAACGAGGACCUGAGCCCAAUUCUCAUAUCACGACACACCAAAGACGGAGCAGUGAGCUAUGCUCCGGUCGAACUCCCUGUGGAACAGUUACGGAAGCGCCUUGAGAAGCUCAGAAGAAAUCAGAUGGUCUUGGAUUCGGAGCCUAGCAGCCUUUCGGAGUCAGAACCAGCACCAGCGCUUGUUGUCAACGAGAGCCAGAAACUCGAUACCACCGAUGAAUUUGUCAAGAAUGGCGGAUUUUUAAAUGUUCAGCGAGGUGGUUAUUCAGGCGAGGGAUCUUUUCGUCAGCGUCCUCUCAGUCCUCCGUUGAACCUUGAUACUUCGGAAAUGCUUCCAGAAUCAUCACUCCAAGCCAGCACCCCGAAGCAAUUCCCAAGUGUCAGGUUAGAGCGUAUUGCGUCAACCGACUGGCGCGGAGUAUCGGAAUCCCCUUCUAUACCCCUUGCACCGUUUCCUAGCCCCGAGAAGCGACUCGAGCCUCCUUCGGGUCAGAGCGGCAGCCCUCUGAAACUGUUUGGCCCAUAUGACACAUUCACCAAUCAAACUCUUCUCCGGCGCAUAAGCCAAUUUGAGGACCAAAUGACAGAGAGCCCUUCACGUUCGAAUUUGGACAAUACUGCUGGUUUACCGGCACAAGAAUCACCUUCCAAGUCUGAUGUGAACAGAGGCUUUGUGGCCGAGUCCAGUCCAAGGAAAACAGGACAUGUCAAUUCCAACUAUCCUGACAACAUCGAUGACAUUAGCACUUUCGGGGCUGGUGAGCUAGAUGGCUACGAGUUCAGUGAAGAUAUUACCCAGAACUCAAUUUCCCAGUCGCAAUUAACGAACAAGGAGAAUAUGGCGCCCACAGACGACUCACUUCCACCAAGUCAGUUUGUCAGGUUUCAUCUUCACGAGGACUUAUCCUCUGAGGCAAUAUCCCUUCUCGUCCCGCGACGGCGGCAUAAACUGCAGAGCAACAUUUUCCCUCAGCGACGUGGCUUGAUUUUAUCUAGGCCACCCAAUAGUUCGAGGCCCCAGAGUUCUUCACAUCCGAUUGGACCUAAUGGCGGUGUUGAGGCAACACCAAAGAGGGAUGGCUCUGAUGGGAAGAGGCCGCGAACCUCACCAUCUAAAGAUCCUACUCCAAAAAGGAGAAGGACACUUCACCGAUCGGAUAUUGCAUAUGGAUUGGAAGACCAAUUUGUGGCGAUCGAUUCGGUGCAAUCUUCCCAUCGAACUAUGCAAUCAGUUAUCGGGAAGAAGCGACCAGCUUCUGGCGAAUCUGACUUGCAACAAACUGCAAGCCCAAAUAUUUUGGCAACAAGACCGAUUCUCCGACCUCGAUCACCAACACCGGGUCAAAGAUCAUCGGGAGCAUAUGAGCAACAGUUACUUGGCGACCGAAGUUACAAUUCAGGUUAUGAAAAUAGCAUGUCGGAAACGAGUGGUCAAGAUAACGCUGUGAAUGGAUCGGGAAGGACCUCGUUGAAAACCCAGGACUAUUACGAUGUUGCGGAGGAAAUUAUGACUAUGAUCCGCAACAAGGCGCGACCUAGGAAUGACCUUAGCAGUGUAGAAGAAACCGAGACUGAAGAGCCGCAGUACAGCUCGAUUGCAUAUGGCGAAGACGACAGCUCGUUCCAAUCUACAAAAGAGCCAUUCUCGCGACCACCCAGCCGGGAAGGACCUCCUCUUUCUAGAGUUCCAACACGCCAGGAAGACCCUGAGCUUGUCAACCGACUUAAAAAAUAUCAGGAGGGUAGCGAUUUGGGCGAAAUCAUUACGAAUUCGAUGCAUUCGAUGGGGCGUAUUAGGAAGGCUAUCAACGAGGCUAACAGCCUUAGUGAGUCCAUCCGACAGAGUAUUCUUACUGACAAGACAUGGGACAAGUUUCAGGAAGAUGCGGAGGUGGUCAGUGACCUUUCCAAUGUCAGGAUUUCGCGUAACCCUGACUUUCCCGAGUCCGAGGAAAAUGCUGUCGAAUAUCCCACGAAUGGAUCGAGGUCUUCCGGACAAUCCAUCCGCACAACCUCCUCUAGGGGAUCAGAAUCAAAGAAACUCAUUCUGCCAGAUGUAGUCAAACCUUUCAUCGGCAAUAAAGUGGGAAACAUGGUAUUCGACAAGGAGAAUAAGGUAUGGCACAAGAUAAAGAAGCCAAGGUCUGCUCCGGAAGACAGAAACUUCCUCCCAUCCGAGGACAGCGAGGACCCGUUCGCUAGUAUUCCAGAUUUAUCGGUCGACACUGCUCGAGAGAAGCAGAAUCUCAAGUUGACCGCGGCACCUAACCCAUUAUCCGGGGAGCAGUCUCAAGAAGAGGAACCAACAAGUCCUUCUUCUGCGAAGUCGUCUACUACGGCGCAUGAGUCUAUCAAUUCCCAAAACAUACUGGGUAAUAUAAAAGAGGCAUACGCAAAAUUUGAGACAGCAGUAGAAGACGACAAGGAGAUCGAGCAUGAAAUAUCAAUCCAUGAAGAUCGGAUGCAAAGAUCCAGCCCAUCGCGACGAAGGAACCUCACGAUUUCAUUUUCGUCUCCGAUCGCAUCGAUCAUCCAAGAUGUUGCUCAUCAUUCGGAUGACGACAACGGCAACAAUGGCAACAAUGGCGGUCAAGAAAAUGGAACGGUGGAACACGUGGCCCCCACCGAUUCGCUAGGGCGUGGACGAGCGUCUAAAUCGCCAAAAUCCGCCGGUAGUUCAAUUAGAAACUCCCGGUCUCGAAGCCGUUCCGCAAGAAACCUAUCCGUAAAAGGCCAGGAUUUUGUCCCCAGGCCGGUGUCCCGAAUCGACGAACAGGACGAAGACCCAAGUGGGGAACACGCCGCGUCGGAAGAGCGGCAGCUCAGCAUUCGCGCGGAUUCGAGCGUCGUGUUUCCGGACAAUGAAGACCAGCGGAACACAAGCUUAAGCGUCGUGGUAACGCCAGCGCCCGCAAAAACCCAGCCAAUUUCUGCAACGCCAAUAAUUGGGCAGUAUGUUGGCACUUUGUCCUUGAGUCCUAUGUCUGAUUUUACAAUGCACCACGCCGACCAGUCCCUCGGAUUAGAAGUCAGCUAUGUCGUCGGAGAUCGUCAUCUCGCUACCGGAGAUGGCUCCAAGAAGAUCAUGUCUAAGGCUAUCCAGAAUCUUGUCGAGAAGAUCACCGAGGUCGAGCCAUUCGAGCCCGACUGGGAUUCCAUGCAAGAAUUAGACAUCAAUGACAAGCACUUGACGACACUUCACAUGCUCGACGAGUUCUGUACAAACAUUACUACCCUUAACGCGUCCAACAACUUAAUCGAGCACCUUGACGGUGUGCCUGAUGCCGUUCGCAACUUGCGCAUCACAAAUAACCACCUUUCCGAGUUAACAGCAUGGGGUCACUUGAUGAAUCUACAAUAUGUAGAUGUGUCUAACAAUCAGAUCAGCAGCUUGCACGCCUUCAAAGAUCUGGUCCAUCUCCGGAAUCUGCGUGCCGACAACAACCAGAUCACCAGCUUGGACGGUAUCAAGAUGCAUGACAGCUUGCAGGUUCUCCGCGCAAGGGGUAACCUUAUUGAUGAAGUGAACUUUGAUGGCACGAAGUUACAGCGUUUGACUGAGCUUGACUUGGAGAACAAUCAGAUUACGUCGAUCCAAGGAGUUGAGCAACUCACGUGCUUAGCUACUCUUAACCUGCAGCAUAACGGCCUGUCAUAUUUCGCUCCAAGCGCGAAUGUCUCAGUUCCAAACCUAAGGUACCUAAUGCUCUCUAACAACGAGCUUACCACCUUCAAUAUCGCCUCAUUCCCUUCUCUGCGUCUCCUUCACAUAGACCGCAACCAACUAGUCACGAUAACUGGAUUUUCACGAUGCCGUCGUCUCGACAGCCUCUCGUUGCGCGAACAGCGAGGCGACGAACCGCUAGACCCGUCCUUCUUACACGCCGCUUACGAGGUACGAAAGCUAUUCCUCUCGGGUAACUUACUCGGGACCUUCAACCCAACAGUCGACUUCUUAAAUCUGCAGUACCUAGAACUAGCCAACUGCGGACUCCAAAGUCUCCCGCCCGACCUCGGACAACUAAUGCCGAACCUGCGGGUCCUCAACCUCAACAUGAACGCCAUCGAUGACGUCACAGGCCUACGGUACAUCCCCAGACUAAAGAAACUCCUUGCAGCGGGUAACCGGCUCGCGGACGCGGGACAGGUCGCGGAAGUGCUAGCGGGCUUCCCGCAUCUGCAACGCCUGGAUCUACGGGACAACCCGGCAACACUCGGGUUCUACGGCCCCGCGCUCAUCGCGUUCGCGCCGAAGGAGGGAGAGGGUAACGGCUUCGACCUCCAGGACGCGGACGCGGCGCGCGACGAACGCUUCGCUAGCAGAUCCGAUAUGGGCACGCGCAUGCGUCGAAGGUUCUACGAGCUUGUUGUCUUGGAUCGCUGUCGGAGGCUUAAGACGCUCGAUGGUCUUCCUGUUGAUGCGACGGCCCUGGGUCAGGCUGGGUUGAGGAGGGGGAAGGUUUGGGAUGCGCUUGUUGAGAGUGGGGUUGUGGUUAAAGAGGAGGGGGGGAGUGAGUUGGUGCUUGCUGAGGCUGAGGACUGGCAGUAGGGCUGCGAGGAUAGCUUUGGUUGAGGCUCGGUGGAUUGGGUUGGGUUGGGGUUGUCUUGAUUACCUUGGGUACUAGGUACUAGGUACUAGGUAAUUGGGAGUUCAAGGGGGUGACGUUUUUCAGUUC